UGCGAGGCGGGGCUUAUGAGAAGACUGAAGGUUCGCGCUGCUGUGCCUCUUGGCCUGGAACCUGGAACUUGCUGCCUGGUCAGGAUGGAGUCCUUCAUAAAGACCCAGCCAGAGUCUGACUUCUCUUUCCACAAUCUGCCCUACGGAGUUUUCUCCACGCCGGAGACCAUGAAGCAUCGCAUUGGAGUCGCCAUUGGAGAUCAGAUCCUGGACCUCAGUGUGAUAAAGAAUUUGUUUCAGGGACCCUUGAUGUCCAAAAAUCAACAUGUUUUUGAUGAGCCCACAUUGAAUGCAUUCAUGGCUCUGGGGUCUGAAGCUUGGAAGGAGGUUCGCAGAACCCUGCAGGUGCUGCUGUCAGCCAAUGAGAGCACGCUGAGAGAUGACAUCAGCCUUCGGAGCAGAGCGUUUGUCCACCAGAGUGCCGCCACAAUGCAUCUUCCUGCUGAGAUAGGUGACUACACGGAUUUCUACUCCUCCAGGGAUCACGCCACCAAUGUCGGCACCAUGUUUCGGGGGAAGGAAAAUGCUCUGAUGCCAAACUGGUUGUCACUUCCUGUUGGUUACCAUGGCAGAGCAUCAUCGGUGGUCGUUUCUGGAACUCCCAUCCGCCGCCCGUCUGGACAGAUGAGACCUGACCAAACGAAGCCUCCCGUGUUUGGUGCCUCAAAGCAGUUAGACAUCGAGCUGGAGAUGGCAUUCUUCGUUGGACCUGGGAACACGUUGGGAGAGCCCAUACCCAUUGAAAAAGCCCAUGAACACAUCUUUGGCAUGGUGCUUAUGAAUGACUGGAGUGCACGGGACAUUCAGGCUUGGGAGUAUGUUCCAUUGGGUCCUUUCCUGGGGAAGAACUUUGGAACCACCAUUUCGCCUUGGGUUGUCCCCAUGGAAGCACUGUUACCCUUUGUAGAGCCCAACCCCAUCCAGGAGCCGAAGCCCCUCCCCUACCUGCAACACAAUGAUGCUUACACUUUCAACAUUAACCUGUUUGUGACACUAAAAGGACAAGACAUGACAGAAGCAGGAACCAUCUGCAAAUCCAACUUCAAGUACCUGUACUGGACCAUGAAGCAGCAGCUGGCCCACCACACCAUCAACGGCUGCAACGUCAGACCAGGAGACCUCCUGGCUUCUGGGACCAUCAGUGGACCUGAUCCAGAGAGUUUUGGGUCCAUGUUAGAGCUGUCAUGGAGAGGAUCAAAGAGCAUAGACGUGGGAGCAGGACAGAGUCGAACCUUCCUGAAGGACGGAGAUGAAGUCACCAUAACAGGUUACUGUGAAGGAGCUGGAUACAGAGUGGGUUUCGGCUCCUGCGUGGGAACCAUUGUCCCCGUCCUGUAGCACUGAAACCGACCUCGUGACCUCGACCCGAAAGACAGCAAAAACACGCUCAACAACAACGCAUAAAGAACAUGCCUGUCACCUCAGUAACCACGUUCCCUUUAUCCAGAAGGACAUGCAAAAAUGUUGUUGGCUGCUUUAGUUUUCAUUGAUUAUUAGUUUUAAUCAUGUUUGUGUCCCAGUUUCUCUCUUUAUGAUCAAGUUCUCUAAUAGUUAGCUAACCUUGCUAAGAGGCAGCCAUUCUCAUCCCACAAAUGACCAGGCUCCACCCAUUAUCUGGGCACAUGAGUGGAGACGGUGGCGCCCAUCACCAUGACUUUGGUUUCACUUUUACACUGGACAUGCACAGAGGUUUAGCUUUGAGCUUCUAUGACGACUUUUAGUGUCACUGUCUGCAGCAUCCAUGCAUUUAAAGGACAUGUCUCAGUGCUAUCUGAGGCCGUCUCUGGUAUGUUGGUGUGAUGUCACAUCAGUGUGUCCCUGAAGGGUCAGUGAUGGGUUCGGGAAGUGACUCCUGGUUUGGAAUAAAAUCCGUGAAUCUUG